ACAUUCACACGAGGGUAGACCUUGGGGCUAUACUAUAGUUUUCAACAUGGCUCUCAGACAACUAACUGUACAUUUGAGAAAAUCAUCGAUUCGGAGUUGGUAUUUAUCACGACAUGUUUUAAAAUCGACAUCUGCAUCUUCUAAACUGAAUGACGAAACAGACAGACUGUCAGAAACAUCGGCCAGCAGAUUCGUGGACGAAUUUGGACACCCUCGACUUGAUCUGAGUUUUGAGAACGCAAAAGAGGCUUUCCGAAGCAAAAAGACUUCAGAACUCGUCCGAUCGUUGGUUGUCUUUAACCUGUGUUCUCUGAAAUUCCUUGUAAAUAACCAGGAACCUAUUUUAAAAUGGUCUCGGAAACUGAUGGGAAAACAUCUGUUUCGACUGUUCAUGAAAUCCACAUUCUAUGGCCAUUUUGUGGCAGGGGAGGACCAGGAGUUGAUAAAGCCUCUGAUCAGCAAGAAUCGCCAGUUUGGUGUGAAGUCGAUCCUCGACUACAGCGUGGAAGAAGAUCUAUCGGAGGAGGAGGCCAGGCAGGCUGAAAUGAAGAGCUGUGUUCCAGAGAAUGAACCAUCGAACAUCGCCACUGACCCAGUGGGCAGGUUCCGGGCUCACGAGGAGUUUGGCGAUCGCCGAGACAAGGUGAUCAGUGCCAGGACGUACUUCUACGAAGACGAGGCUCACUGUGAUAAAAACAUGCAGAUCAUUCUCAACUGUAUCGAUGCUGUCACAGGUAAGUCAUGGCUAGCUCUGGGCAAGAAUACAGCGACUAGUCGAGCGUGUUACGCUGCAGAAGUUAGCCGGCGGCGACCCAGGUUGUCGUGUUCGUGUGGCCUCACUUCUAGAUGCGACCUUGUGCGGGCUUGUCUGAUGUCGAGUUCGCGGGCUUACCUGAAGGAAGGAGAGCUGAAGGAGAGAAAAACGUCACGGAGCCAUGCCCUGUCGCCAGAGUUACAGGUGGUGAUUGCUUUAAGGUACUUUGCGAGUGGCAGUUUCCUGCAGGUGGUGGGCGAUACGUUUGGUUUGGAUAAAUCUACGGUGUCCAGAGUAAUCUUUGAUGUAGCUGGUGCCCUGUGUGAUUUACGUAACAAUUUUAUUACCUGGCCAGUGGAGCAACAGCAUCUGUCGAAGGUUAAAAAAGGAUUUUAUGAGCUGGGGGGUUUUCCUGGCGUCAUUGGAGCGGUUGAUGGGACCCACGUCAGAUUACAAGCACCAUCCGACAACGAGCCUGCAUUUGUAAACAGGAAGGGAUAUCACUCCAUAAACAUCCAGGCAAUAUGUGAUGACGAAGGAAGAUUCACCAAUAUUGUGGCUAAAUGGCCAGGUUCUACCCAUGACAGCCAUGUGUUCAGGACCUCAGCCAUAUGCACACAUCUGGAAACAAGGGCUUUCAACUUGGACGAUGGAAUUAUUCUAGGAGAUAGUGGAUAUGCAUGUAGCCCUUUUUUAAUGACACCAUUCCUCAACACCGCUACACGGAAACAAGCGCGGUACAAUGUCUGCCACAAAAGCACACGCAAUGUAAUAGAGAGGACAUUUGGGAGGUGGAAGCGCAGGUUUGGGUGUCUUCAUGGUGAAAUACGUAUGGAGCCAGAAAGAGUAUGCAAAAUUGUUCUUUCAUGCGCUGUUCUGCACAACAUUGCAGUUGAACGCAAUGAGCCAAUGGAAGAUGAUGAUAUUCAGGAUGAUCACACAAUUGAUAACUAUGUUGGACCUGAAAAUGGUCACCUUGUCCGAGCUCAUAUAGCAAAUACCUUUUUUUGA